AUGGAUCGCAAUAAGAUAAUAGAAAGCGGUGGAUUUUAUUUUAUUCACAAUUUUGAUUCUGGAAAUCUCGGGCAUGUUGAACGGGUUCCGACGGAACUUAUUUCUCCAACAAUAAAUCUCAAAACAAACACAUCUGAAACUCCAGAUUAUGAGUUCAACAUAUGGACAAGACCUGAUUGUGCUGGUACAGAGUUUGAGAAUGGAAACCGAACCUGGUUUUACUUUGGUAUUCAGGCAGCAGAACCAAAUGUUCAGGUGCGUUUAAACAUUAUAAAUUUAAACAAGCAAGGAAAAAUGUACAAUCAAGGAAUGGCUCCUGUGACUAGAACACUGCCUGGAAAGCCGCAGUGGGAAAGAAUAAGAGAUCGUCCAGUUCAUUCUACGGAUGAUAAUACUUUCACACUAAGCUUCAAGUACAGAACCAGUGAGAAUCCAAAAGCUACAACAUUCUUUGCUUUUACAUAUCCAUUCUCUUUUGCGGAAUUACAGAUAGCAUUAAAUUCAAUUGAUCUUAAAAUGUUGCCAUUACCCCUUGCACAGUCACCAGAUGACAUAUACUACUAUAGAGAAUGUCUUAUUUAUUCUCUUGAAGGUAGACGCGUUGAUUUGUUAACUAUAUCUUCACAUCAUGGUAUCACAACAGAAAAAGAACAUAGACUCAAAAAUCUAUUUCCUGAUAAUCAAGAGAGACCAUUCAAAUUUCAGAACAAAAAGGUAAUAUUCAUGUCCGCCCGUGUGCAUCCCGGUGAGACGCCGUCUAGUUUCGUUUUCAACGGAUUUUUGAACCUUUUACUAACCCGAAAUGAUCCCAUAGCCAUACAAUUGAGAAAGCUAUAUGUUUUUAAAAUGAUACCAUUUUUGAACCCCGACGGUGUUGCCAGAGGUCAUUAUAGAACUGAUACAAGGGGAGUCAAUUUAAAUAGGGUGUAUUUGAAUCCGUCAUUGGUACAUCAUCCCACUGUGUAUGCGUCGCGAUCGUUAAUAAGAUAUUAUCAUUACGGUUAUGAAAAGGAAGAAGAUGCUUUCGAUGACCUCAAAAGUAUCACCUCAAGGAGUAUUGGGAAUAUUAGUGAAAGCGCGGAGUUCAUAGACACAAAAAAGAAGAAAAACCCACUUAAGGGCAGCGAUUACAAACGUGAAAAGACAUCGUCAGCGAAAUCCCUUUCGCGGAAUAAAUCGUCUAUGACCAUCAAACGAGCCUCCAAUGAAGACUCAAAGGAUGCCCAAUCUCUCACAGGAGAGGCUUCACAUUUAGCCGAUCAGGUCCACGAUAUGAAACUCCAAGAAAUGCCGUCUCAAACGAACGACGAAUCCACUGUCGAAUCUGUCAACUUAGAGGAGACAUCAUCGCUCCUCAAUGACAACGUAUUGAGAUCGUGCUUGGGAUCAACCGUUCACUUGAGUACGAGUGAGGAACUCAAAAUUAACGGAGGGAAUCUUUUGAGACCUCUUCGCGAAACUUUGAAGAACAGCAUAAGCCUUCUAAUGGAGUCUAGUACUUCUGUCACUGGCGACAGCGCAGAGGCCAAAGAAGCCAGACUUGCGAAGAUCAAAAUGGGUUGGUGCGAAGAAUGCCAACGCGCUGUGAGUCGUUUGGAAGAUACAAUGCCGGGUAUCGCUAAUAUGGUGCCGGGGUAUAGCGCUAUGAUAUUGGCCGAUACUCCAAAGUACACCUCCAUAGAUGAAUAUCGCGAACAUCAGAGGCAGCAAGUUGACGCGCAAGAGAGAAAAUUGCAGGAUACAGAGAAUCCAGGUGACGACGCUACGGUGUACUUCUGUACCAAUUGCUUCAAGAGAUAUGUAUUCUCGGAGUAUAAUGAGGAGAUUAAACUAUCAGAACCCUUAUCGUGCACUAGUUUGGGUGUGAGUGUGUGCGUGGGCGACAGUGGCGAUGUGUGCGCGUCUCUUAAGCCUUUGCCUAACACCGAUGACGUCAUUAUUUCGGAGCCACCAAAGGAGAAGCCCAAGUCUCCAUUGAAAUCGAUUAAGAAGAAAACUCAACCAGUGCCUCCAACAGCAGUUACCAAGCCGUCUUAUAAGGAGCCUGAUAGUGGACUAUACCUGUACAUCGACUUACAUGGGCAUGCGUCUAAAAAAGGUAUCUUCAUGUAUGGGAACCACUUUGAGGACGUGGACAGUUCCGUGGAGUGUAUGCUGCUGCCUCGCAUCAUGUCUCUGAAUAACCUACAUUUCCACUUCUCCUCUUGCAACUUCACAGAACGAAAUAUGUAUCUCAAGGAUCGCCGAGACGGUAUGUCCCGCGAAGGCUCUGGUCGGGUUGCCGUCUUGAAAGCGACAGGCCUCGUCCGGUCCUACACCCUAGAGUGCAACUACAACACCGGCCGCCUGGUCAACGUUUUACCCCCCGCCGUCAGAGACACCCCCCUACCCACCGCCCCCCACGCCGGAAUGCCACCCAAGUACACGCCGCACAUAUUCGAAGAGGUAAACCCCUUCCAGGUUGGUCGAUCGUUGGGAGCGUCUAUUCUAGAUCUGACAGGACAACAUCCGAAUUCGCGUAUACCUUGCUCCGAACAUCGCACUCUAACCUCACUACGGGAAUGGCUCCGAUCGCACACGCGCACUAUGCGACCGCAGCUGACAAUGUCGCGACUUCGACCCAAGACGGCGUCACCCACGCGGGUGCCACUUUACGCCCGGUCUAAAGCCAAAGUUACCGAGGAACGAAAAGAAAACGCUUACGUGGGAGCCAAGACCGAUUCGGAGAGACGACGCAGCCCUUCGGUUCUGGCCCAACGCUCCGGCCACGAAAUCGUGAUCAACAUGAACAUGAAGUACGGCAAAAAGAACGAACCGGUGAAGACUCCCUCGCGGACUCGUUACUUGACGGAGAACGAGCCGAAAUCUAAAGCGUUGUCCACUAAACGACGCAACGUACUCGCGAUCAGAAAGCCCAGUACCAGCAAGACCCAAGUGGGCGGAGUGGUCAAAGUUAAGGCGAACAGAAGAUCUGCGGACGACGCCGAGAACAAUCGCGCCUCUAUAGUCUCUGCGAAGCUCAGCAAACGGAACUACGCCAGGUCCCUUCGCGGGGCCGUCACGAGAUCCGCCAACCACUGUCGGGCGAUGGCCUCCUCGUCUUCGGAGGAUUUGAUAAGUGGGACCUGGGAGGACGUAGCGGGCGGGACCGUCUUGGGGUCCCCGAGUGGGAUGACUCACCCGGAUACUAUGUCCAUGGGAUCCAAGCGCAGGUCCUUCCCUACCCCCUCCCCUUCCCGCCUCAAGAAAAUCCGCUUAAAGACCGCUUUGUAG